UCGUGUGAAGGGUGUUUUCAGACCACUAAAAGGUUUGGUGGGGACUUUGGUUCGCUGACCCCGUGGUUAUUCUUUUAGUAUAAGAAGGGAGGUCUGCUGGGAGCCUCGUUCAGAAGCUCCUGCGAGAGCCGGUACUGCUAGGACGAGCUUAAACACGACCAUGAAGGACCUCAAGGGAAAGGUUGCCCUCGUAACAGGAGCUGCUACUGGUUUCGGAAAAGCGAUCGUCGAUCUUCUUCUUGGCAGAGGAUGCAAGGUAGCUCUUCUGGACAUGGACUGCAAUGUGGGCAAGCAGACAACCGCGGAGUUCCAGGCUAAGUAUGGGAAGGACUGCUGUAUCUUCCUGAAAUGUGACGUCACAGACGAUCAGGAACUUGACGACUGCUUCUGCCGGACCCGCGCCCACUUCUGCGGCCUCGACAUCGUGAUCAACAACGCCGGCAUCGCUGGCGAGGCUAAGUGGAAAAAGAUAUUCGCCAUAAAUGCCGAAGCCGUCUUCAGUGGAAUCCUUCUCGGCUUGAAGUACAUGGGAAAGGACAACGGCCAGAAAGGCGGUCACAUCAUCAACGUCGCGUCAGUCGCUGGCCUCAGAGUGAUGCCCACGAUCCCGGCAUACAACGCGGCCAAGACGGCUGUUGUUGCCAUGACGAGAGCUUUCGGGGAUGACCUCUACCUGAAUCGUCACGGAGUCAGGGUGAACUGCAUCUGCCCCGAGCCGAUGAACACGCCUAUGUGGUGGGGGAUAUCCGCCUUCUGCAAGACCCGCGAAGACACCACCCCAAUGGCCCUGGAUUACGACAAGCGUGUUAUGCCUGUCGAGCACGUGGCCAGGGGUAUUCUGACGCUCUUGGAAGACGAGAAGAACGGCGCUGCUUUGGCUGCGCUCCACGGCCAAGAGUUACAUUAUUUCCAGUUCCACGACUAUAAGAUUAGCCUCUCGGGCAGGCAAACUAAAAUACAUCAGAGCCUGGCGUGGCGACUGGCAUCGCAGCAGAAGCAGAAGCAGCUAAGAAACGACAUCACGAGUAGGACCGGACAUCGCCUUAACACUAUGAAGGACUUCAGCGGCAAGGUGGCCCUUGUCACGGGAGGGGCCAUGGGCCUUGGACGAGGCAUCGUUGAAUCCCUGUUGCAGAAGGGUUGCAAGGUGUCCAUACUGGACAUCGACGAACCCAUGGGCAAGCAGACGACCGCCGACAUGGUGAAGAAAUUUCCCAACUCAAACUGCGUAUUCUACAAGUGUGAUGUCAGCAACGAGGCCCAGUUCGAAGAUGGCUUUAAGAAGACCAAGAACCACUUUGGAUGCAUUAACAUUGUUGUCAACAACGCCGGUAUUGCUGGUGAAGACAACUGGCGAAAACUAUUCUCCGUGAACCUCGAAGCCUACUUUUCCGGCAUCCUUCUCGGAUUGAAAUACAUGGACAAAUCUAAGGGCGGCAAAGGAGGACACAUCGUCAACGUGUCAUCAGUAUCAGGCAUCUACGUGUUCCCGCAGCUUCCAGCGUACAACACAUCGCAAGCCGCCAUCGUCACUAUGACCAGAUGCUUCGGAUCGGACAUGUACUACAACCGCACCGGCGUCAAGGUCUACUGCAUCUGCCCAGACCCUAUCGACACCAAACUCUGGGCCCAGCUGUCGGACUACUGCCGAAUGUCCGAGGAUACCGUUGAGUUCGCCCACGUCUACGAUACUCGGAUUCAGCAGCCCGUCGUAGUGGCGCACGCCAUCAUCCAACUCCUGGAAGACGAACGCAACGGCGGCACCAUGUUGUGCCUGCACAAGAUUGGAAACAAAUACCACGAGUUCCCGGCCCUGCCGAAUCCAUGAAUGACCCCACUCUUUCUUUCUUUUUUUUUU